UACCUUAAUUAAUGCCAAGCCGCCCUAGAACACGUCCAGACGCGUCGCUCAGCCUAGACUUGAAUGCAGUGUCGCGUCUCCCAAGCCCUUCUGUGCGGAUACACAUCUGUAAUCCGUACUGGACCUCGAACCUGCCCGUCUUCCUGGUUGUUGCUCAGCAUCACACAGUCCCAGAUCCGCCCACAACUCCAUCGGCCGUGGACGAUGCCGCCAUAGAGCCCAUUCCAGACAGUCCAUCAAUUUGAAUCGAUCAGCAGGCAGGAAUCAUCUGAAGACUGAGGAUGGCGUCCCGACCGGAACUGAAGGUCGACGACGAACAUGGCUUCAUCCGCUUCUUCAAGUCUCUUCCGCGCGUCGACGAGGACGUCAUUCGCAUCUUUGACCGCGGCGACUGGUACACGGCCCAUGGCGACAACGCGAACUUCAUUGCGCGAACGGUAUACAAGACGACCUCGGUCGUGCGCCAGCUCGGGCGGAAUGACCACACCGGCCUCCCGUCCGUCACCAUGACCGUGACCGUCUUCCGCCAGUUCCUGCGCGAAGCCCUGUACAAGCUUGGCAAGCGGGUCGAGAUCUAUGCGAGCCCCAACGGCCGCAUGAACUGGAAGAUUGUCAAGCAGGCAUCCCCCGGCAACUUGCAAGACGUUGAGGACGAUCUGGGCAGCCUGGCAGAGGCUGCCCCCGUCAUCCUCGCCGUCAAGAUAUCCGCCAAGGCCUCCGAGGCGAGGGCCGUGGGCGUGUGCUUCGCCGAUGCGAGCGUUCGGGAACUCGGCGUCAGCGAGUUCCUCGACAACGACCUCUAUUCCAACUUCGAGGCCCUGCUGAUCCAGCUCGGCGUCAAGGAGUGCCUCGUCCAGGUAGAGAAGGCGGACAGGGACAGGGACCCCGAGCUGGCGAAGCUGAGGCAGAUCAUCGACAGCUGCGGCAUCGCCAUCUCGGAGAGGCCGGUGGCCGACUUCGGCACCAAGGACAUCGAGCAAGAUCUCGCGAGGCUGCUGAAGGACGAGAGGUCUGCCACCCUGCUGCCGCAGACCGAUCUGAAGCUCGCCAUGGGCUCAGCAUCCGCACUCAUCAAGUACCUCGGCGUCCUGCACGACCCGUCCAAUUUUGGCCAGUACCAGCUCUACCAACACGACCUAGCCCAGUUCAUGAAGCUGGACGCCGCCGCCCUCAAGGCGCUCAACCUGAUGCCCGGCGUGAGGGACGGCGCCAAGACCAUGAGCUUGUUUGGACUGCUGAAUCACUGCAAGACGCCUGUCGGAAGCAGGCUGUUGGCGCAGUGGCUCAAGCAGCCGCUGAUGGACAAGGACGAGAUCGAGAAGCGCCAGCAGCUUGUUGAGGCGUUUGUGAAUGACACAGAGCUGCGCCAGACGAUGCAGGAGGAGCAUCUGAGGUCCAUUCCUGACCUCUACCGCCUGGCGAAGCGGUUCCAGCGGGGCAAGGCGAACCUGGAGGACGUCGUCAGAGCUUACCAGGUCGUCAUCCGCCUGCCGGCCUUCCUCGGCACGCUCGAGGGCGUGAUGGACGAAGCCUACCGGGACGCCCUGGAUGAGGCCUACACCAACAAGCUCCGCGAGCUGUCCGACAGCUUAGCCAAGCUACAGGAGAUGGUUGAGACAACUGUCGAUCUCGACGCAUUAGACAACCACGAGUUCAUCAUCAAGCCCGAGUUCGACGACAGCUUGCGCAUCAUCCGCAGGAAACUCGACAAGCUGCGGUCGGACAUGGACAGGGAAUUUGCCGACGCGGCCUACGACCUCGGCCAGGAGAGGGACAAGAAGAUUUUCCUCGAGAACCACAAGGUGCACGGCUGGUGCAUGCGCUUGACCCGGACGGAAGCCGGGUGCAUCCGCAACAAGUCCAGGUACCUCGAGUGCUCGACGCAGAAGAACGGCGUCUACUUCACGACGAAGACGCUCCAAGGAUACCGGCGCGAGUUCGACCAGCUCUCUCAGAACUACAACAGGACCCAGAGUGGCCUGGUGAACGAAGUCGUCAGCGUGGCUGCCUCGUACAGCCCCGUGCUUGAGCGGCUCGCCGGCGUGCUCGCGCACCUAGACGUGAUCGUUGCCUUCGCACACUGCUCCGUCCACGCCCCCAUCUCGUACGUCCGGCCCAAGAUCCACCCGCGCGGCGAGGGUCAGACGAUCCUCCGCGAGGCCCGCCACCCCUGCAUGGAGAUGCAAGACGACGUCCAGUUCAUCACCAACGACGUCGAGCUGACGCGGGACAAAUCGUCCUUCCUCAUCAUCACGGGGCCCAACAUGGGCGGCAAGUCGACCUACAUCCGCCAGAUCGGCGUGAUCGCGCUGAUGGCCCAGAUCGGCUGCUUCGUGCCGUGCUCCGAGGCCGAGCUGACCAUCUUCGACAGCAUCCUGGCGCGCGUGGGCGCCAGCGACAGCCAGCUCAAGGGCGUGUCGACCUUCAUGGCCGAGAUGCUCGAGACGGCCAACAUCCUCAAGUCGGCGACGGCCGAGAGCCUGAUCAUCAUCGACGAGCUGGGCCGCGGCACGUCGACCUACGACGGCUUCGGCCUCGCCUGGGCCAUCUCGGAGCACAUCGUCAAGGAGAUCGGCUGCUUCGCCCUCUUUGCCACCCACUUCCACGAGCUGACCGCCCUGGCCGACCAGUACCCGCAGGUGCGCAACCUGCACGUCACCGCCCACAUCGGCGGCGCCGACAGCAAAAGCAAAGCCCGCCGCGAAGUCACCCUCCUGUACAAGGUCGAGCCGGGCGUGUGCGACCAGAGCUUCGGCAUCCACGUGGCCGAGCUGGUGCGCUUCCCGGACAAGGUGGUGCGCAUGGCCAAGCGCAAGGCCGACGAGCUCGAGGACUUCACCUCGAGCAACAAGCACGACGGCGACGCCGCCGCGGACUACAGCAAGCGCGACGUCGAGGAGGGCAGCGCCCUGCUCAAGGACCUGCUCGUCCGCUGGAAGGACGAGGUCCGCGCCGGCGCCCUGUCCGGCGCCGACGUCGUCGCCCGCCUGAGGCAGCUGGUCGCCGCCGACGAGAAGCUGCUCGCCAAUCCCUUCUUCCAGAGCAUCAAGGCCCUGUAGUUCGUUCGCUUGUUUGCAUGAAACUUGCGCAGUUGCAACAAGGGGCUCAACCUACCUACCUUGCCUGGUUGGGUUUUUGCUUGCUCGGUUUGUCUGCUUUGCAGGAGGGAUUGGUUGGGAUGAUACCAUACCUAGCGGAGGUUUAUAUGGCCUGGGUCGUGUUUUCCGGUUAGCAAGGACAAUGUUCACCAGAGAU